ACCUAGGUGAUGUGAGAAUCGCUGUCAGCAGUUGUGAUCGUUCGAAAAAUUGUGGUUCUCCGUUUGUUUACAAGUAAAUUUUCAAUUGCUUUUAGCUCUUUCCGUUCGCAAUGGACGAUAACGAAGAGUUGGAUUACGUGGAGGAAGAUUACUACGCUACCUUAAAUUUACCACGAACUGCGACCCAGGAGGAGAUUAGCAAAGCGUACCGCAAUUUAAGCCGGAUCUUCCACCCGGACAAGCACGGCAAUGGAGAAAACAAGCAAAAAGCGGAACUUAUGUUUAAUCGCACGAAAAAGGCGUACGAAGUGUUGUCCGAUCCUCAUCAGCGGGCCAUUUACGACUCGCUCGGAGUGAAGGGUCUCGAGACGGAAGGUUGGGAAAUUGUGCACCGUACCAAAACGCCGAACGAAAUACGGGAAGAGUACGAACGGCUGGCGCAGGAACGCGAAGAACGCCGCUUGCACCAGAAAACCAACCCGCGAGGAAACAUUUCGGUGCACAUCAAUGCGACCGAUUUUUUCAGUCGCUACGAUGAUGAGUACUAUGACACCGGACUGCUGCCGUCGAUCGAAGUAUCCGGCAUGAGCAUGUCCCAAUCGAUUGAGGCUCCAUUGUCGCGAACGGAAAUAGCAACACUGUCCGGAAGUCUUCACCUGCAAAAUGGUGUUGGUAGCGGUAACUUUCUGCUCUCCGGGAAGCGGCUAAUCAACAAGGGUUGGUUCGAGGUGGACUGCGGUGCCGGCAAUGGACCCGUGCUGGGUGCAAAAGGUUCCCGUAACCUAACGAAUAGGAUUUUCCUCACCGGCGGAACAACGUUUCAUUUUCGGCCAAAUGCAAUCAUCCCGGGAUUGACAGGAACUUCAGCAAUACAGCUUGAUAAGAACACGGUAGGAUAUCUAACGUACAAUGCGGGGCUGCAGAACUCCAUGUCAACCGUUGUGGAAAGGAACACGGAAAAGUAUCAUUGCAAUCUAACUAUUACGUUGGGUAUUCCUCACUGCUAUGUAGCUGCGUCGUACACGAGGAAACUCUUAGAACAAGGCCUAAAGCUCAGAGUAGCGCUAAAAGGUGGUACGUUCGGCUUCCUGUCCGAAUGUGGAGCAGAAAAGAAGGUUUCGAAGUACAGUGCUGUUUCCGCGACGGUUUGUGUCGGUGUACCGUCCGGCGUAAUGCUAAAGAUUAAAAUCAUUCGGUCUACGCAAACGUACUUGUUCCCCAUUCACCUGAGCGAGGAAAUCAUUCCGGCAGCCAUAUUUUACGCUACCGUAACGCCGCUCCUGACGUACUUCGUGCUGAAGAAAAUGCUGUUCGAUCCGAUGAACGAGGCAACCAAGCAGAAAAACAUCGAAAAGGUGAAGGAAACCAACAGUGCGCGGAUGGCCGAAAAGCGAAGAGAGGCCGAAUCGGCAAUUUCACUGAUGGGCGCGCUGUACGAGCGCAUACGCAAAGACGAGUACAAAAGUCAGGGACUGAUUAUCGUGUCUGCGUUGUACGGUAAAUUUUCGGACGGCGAAAACGUCUCACUGGAGGAAGCGGACGAUAUGGGCUUUGUGCAGCAGAACCCCUACGUUAUUGACGUUCGGAUUCCUCUGCAGUGUCUGGUGAAAGAUUCCCAAUUGAUUUUGUAUUCGUCAAGCAAGAGCGAACUGCCCGGCUUUUACGAUCCAUGUUUCGGCGAAGAGAAACAGCUUAAAAUUGACUACGAGUUUAGAAACGUUUCCUACAGCUCGGUCUUUGCGGACGCGGAACCCGUACGUCUUCCGGUGGUAACGAACGACACGGCACAAUAGGAAAAAUGGAAGCGCGCAAGCAACAUCGAAACAUGAAGUAAGCAAAACUUUAUUUUACAAAUAUGGUCUAAAAACAACAGCUUGGAGCUUGAACCAUCAAAUAGCGACCGUGGUAGUGGGCCUGUAAUGCGAUUUUUAGUACGGCGUAGACGCAAUUUGAUUGUUACCCGUGGAAGGGAAGAGUAAACAAAACAAAAACAAAAAAUAGCAUAUAAAACUGUU